AUGAAUAAAUCAGCCUUUAUAUAUAUUGUGUUCAUCAUUCUAAGCUUCAUAAGGUCCUUUCAGCUCUAUUGGACAUCUACUCGAGAAUUAAGAUCAACCACCAAGAGACAAUGGCUACCUACAAAAAGGACAAAGAGCUUACCUUUACUGCCGAGAAAUGAUUCGAUCAUUAUCAAAAAUGAGCCCAAUGAGCUAUUUUACUUUAUACACGUAACUGACCUUCACCUUUCAAGAUAUCGAGCCAAGGGUCAUACAAGUCAUUUUUUGCAUUUUAUCCAAUCUAUUUUACCCGUGAUAAAACCUGAAUUUGUUGUGGUCACUGGUGACUUGACAGACGCCAAAGAUAGGAAAAGGAUCACAUCACAACAGUAUUUGGACGAAUGGGAUGUCUAUCAACAAGCGAUAAAUGAAAAAGUUCGCGUGGAUUGGUUUGACAUACGUGGAAAUCAUGAUUGUUUUGAUUUGCCUUCUUGGAAAUCACGAAUCAAUUAUUAUAGAACACAUGGUCAAAGCGCAUCCCUGGUAGAGCAAGGUAAAGGCAUUUACACCUGGCAGGUCAACAAACAAAUCGGAAAUUAUCAGUUUGUUGCUAUAGACGCAUGUCCUAAAAGAGGUCCUUCAAGGCCCCUCAAUUUCUUUGGUUAUCUUACGUCAAGGACCAUGGAUAGAUUAGAAAAGGCGUUAACAUGGAAGCAGUUUAAUCAUACAUUUGUGUUUUCUCAUUAUCCGACAACAACUAUGGUCUUUGGUGUUUCCAAUAAAGGAAACACUUUUCGUGAUCUGGCUAAACAUUAUAGUAUCUAUUUCUGUGGUCACCUCCAUAGACUAAUAGCUGGCUUAGGUGAUGUAUUGCAGUCAUAUAACACAGUGACAAAGUCACUUGAGCUAGAACUCGGUGACAUGAAAGAGCAUGGACUCUAUAGAAUUGUCGCAGUAGAUCAUGAUCUCAUUUCAUUUACCGACCUCCAACUUCCCCUCAAUCAAAUACCUAAAAAGAUAUCCUCAAACAAGCAUGGCCUUGUCUAUCCUAUGGUCCAAGAUGGUAACGCAACCAAGGUUGUUUGGCCAGAACCUAUUCACCCGUCACCAUCGAUUUUGAUUACCAAUCCAAAGGAUGCUCGUUAUUCGAUACCUAGCAAGGAACCGCUAUGGAGGAUUCAGUCGAGCACGCAUAUCCGAUUUCUGAUCUUUUCUGAGCUAGAGGAUCCUACUCAACUCAAGGUCUCUGUAUAUAUUGAUGGUAGCCCCCAUCCUCAUGAGGCUACGUUUGCUCAAGAUAAGUUAUGGACAGCUCCAUGGAACACAUCUCUUCUUGAUCCUCGUACACAUCAUACUUUGACCAUUCGUGCAGAAACACCUGAUGGUGCUAAAGGCGCAUCGACCGUUUUAUUUAGAGUUGACGGUCAGAGAAUGAAUAUUGGUGGUGGGCCAGGAGAGUUCAUUAUCAAAUCGCAUAUGUCUAGUUUUACCCAGCCAGGACAUGCAGGUCAAGCAACACGCGACUAA